AUGCCGAUUCUGAAGCAGUCCCCCAUCUCCCAGUCGAAGAAGAGGCCCCGCAUCGGCCGGGACAUGAUCAGCGCCCCACUGGGGGAUUUCCGGCACACCAUGCACGUCGGCCGGGGCGGGGACGUCUUCGGGGACACCUCCUUUCUCAGCAACCAUGGGGGCCCCAAGGCCAACGGGCUGCCCCCCGCCACCGAGGCUCUGGCGCCGGCCCAGUCCCCCAGCCGCCUCUCGGGGUCCUCCGGCAGCCCGGCUGAUUUGGGGGGCGGCCCCGGCGCCCUGGAUUUGCCCCCCGCUGGCUGGGAGGGGGAACUGCAACACGCCGAGUCCCUGUUCUCCUUCGAGUUGGAUCUGGGGCCGUCCAUUCUGGAUGAGGUGUUGGGGGUCAUGGACAAGGGCGGGGAGCAGCCCCGGAGCGAGGACGUCAGGGCGGAGAGGCCGGUGGGGGGACAGGGGCUGGGCCAUGGGGUGGCUCCCCAGGCAGGGGAGGAGGAAGAGGAGGAAGAAGAAGAGGAGGAGGAGGAGGAGGAGGAAGGCACCGGGCAUGGAUACACAUUUGACGAUGAGCUGGAUGACGAGAUUGGGCUAUAG